UCUCACGGUGGUCAUUGUGGCCACGGGGCGUCUCCAGCAGGCAACAGGACGAAUGCAGCGCACUAGAGUCGUUCCAAAAAUCCACGGCGUUUGGCCGUGUCCAAACAAGAACCACUUCUUGCGCUUUGGUGCCAUAAAAAUCGUGGCUCAUGACGACGGCUCAGAAUACGUUGACAUACCAAAUGCUACUUUGGACACUGACAUCAAUUCGAUAUCAAAGGUUUUAAUCAGGAUUCAUCGGUGUAUUGGGACGGUUUCGGAGACAACCUGUGAGUAUUUCAACUCCUUUACGUGGACCACGGCGCUCUGUCAACUUAUCAAGAUUAAAGGAGUUUUCUGGACACCUUUGAAGGAAAGCAUACAUCCUAAAGCCGAAUGUCCCAUCAAACAGGGACACUACGAAGUAAUAAACGGAUCGACUAACUACGAUCAAAUGGGAGACAUAUUAGGAUCUGGUUUGGAAAAAUUCGUUUGGAGGGGUGAUUUGGAAAUUUUCAACGAACGAGGAGAUCUGGCUGCUUGCUCCCUCAUCCACAGCGAGUUCCGCCGCAUUCUCGCAAAGCACAGAUAAAUGUUGCAGUCAGCUAAAACCCGUUCCUUGCACUCACUC